GAGCUAGGCAGUUUGACAACCACUUCCGCUUGUUUUCUUCGCAAGUCUUUGUCUUAUGUGUUUACCAAAAAGAAGAGUUUGGGUGUCGUAAAGUCGCGUUUUGUUAGUUGCUUAGCUCGUGUAAAUACAGCGAUGGAAGGCAGUAACGGUAAGAGCUCGAGCUGGGCGAUGGAGCGGCGAGUGGAGGGGCUGGUGAACAAACACAUGGCAGACAUGGCACUGGAGACACUUCAGCAGCGACUCUCCGCUGUGUCCCAGGAAAUGAACCAUCUGUCUGCGGAAAUAUCCAGACGAGAAGACUCGAAGCGUGUGGAGGAUUUACCGCGGCGGAGCGACUCGCACUUCAUCGCCGGCUCCCUCCCGGAGUCUUAUAACGAAGAGCUAGUGGAGGAAAAAAAGUUGAUGGCAAACACAUCCUCCUCCUCCUCCUCAGCAGAUGGGGAUUCUUCAAAAAGUGAUCGGAGCACAGAGUGGCGUAUUUACCCGGCUGCCAACCCUCUUGCUUCACGCGCACAAUCCACUCUCUCUGCCUCUUCUCCUCUUUUGGAAAAAGAAGCUGCAGCUCAGAGAAAAAUCAUAUCACUCCUGCUGGAGAUAAAAGAAGAACAACAGAGGCAGUGGGCUGUGCUUAAAGACCUGCAAGCCAUGAUUCAAGGACACAUGUGUGAGGAGGAUGUUGAAACUCUGGAUAUAGAUCUACCACUACAGACAAUGGAACAGCUUGAUGAAACAGAGAAAUAUUUGGAGAAUGAUGGCGCACAGAAGAGAAUGGUGUCUCAUCUCUCCCGGAUGGGUGGUGCAACAGUGGAUGAUGCAGUUCGACGCCUGAUGCAGGCAGUUCUGUCUUUUAGCGUCGGUUCUGAGCUGAACUGGGUUGGUCGAGGACAAAAAAGGAGUUUCAGAAAUACCAGACUGCAAGGUGUUUUGUUCCGUGCGUUAAAGAAGACUCCUGUAGGAAAGGAGGCCACACACCAUCAAUUUGCAGAUGUAGUAAAAAAGUGGCUGAGAUUUGCUCCAUUCAGACAAGGAGGCAGCGGUCGGAGACAGCAUUACAAACCUCCUGUAGAAUUCAUGUGCCCUAAGUAUCAUACUGAUACAGAAGGGUGACAACAGUGUCUUAUUGUUCAUAAUCCUGUUUCAACACAAUUCAAAGUAAAAUUCCAAUUAAGAAACACAUUUUCAUGUUUUUUUGUUUUUGUUUUUUAUUUUUUUUUUAAUGAGAUUUCUAAAGUAAGAUACAGCAGGAAAGUGACCUUCAAUAUGUUUGGGUUACCUUAAUCAUGAAUUAUGAAGUAUUGUAAUAUCUUCACUGUUGAGUAUCAUUAUUUACAUAUUAGUUUGAAGACUAGUAUUCUGGCCUUACUUAGUCGCCUGUAUUCCUAUCGGUAACGCAGUGUAAAGCUGGGCAUACACUGUGCGAUUUUUUUCAAUCGCGGUAUUCAGCUGCUGCUCACACUGUAUGAGUGAAUCGCAGGGGUAAACAGCACGUAGCUUACGAUUCCUGUUCUCAUACGAUACGAUGCUCGGAUACGAUCCGAUGCUCGGAUGCGAUGCUCAGGAUUUCAAACAGGUUUGAUUUUCAUCCGAUCGAUCGGGAGGAGGUCGUGAGGUGUUAAUCGCUUGUCGUUACCCCAUGUAUACUACACGAUCCGAGACGCACGAUUGAGCCAAAACUCGGCCCGAUCUCCAAAAUAGUCGCACGAGUGAAAAUUGUGUCAAAAUCGGGCCAAAAAUCGCACAGUGUAUGCCCAGCUUAAUGUAAUGUUUUUUUAGGAGUUAUUCAUAAGGUUGGGACUUAAAAUCAUGCUUGACCAGAUGUCUACACAUUAUAAGUGCCUUUCUGAAAAUAGACAGUGCAAUAAACUGUCCAGUGCAUCAUUCUGUGUGAUAUCAAAUGACCACAGAAGAGCAAAAUCAUCCAAAAACAGCAUAGAACGUUAUUUAUCUCCUUUAAACAUCAGAACGAACAGAAACUUGAGUCGCUGAUUUCCAUUAGAUUUUCUGUUGUCCUAAUCCAUGUGCAUCUCAUUACAGGAGGUCAUCUGGCUCUGCGCACUACUUUAGAAGCAGACUCUUUUUUUCUUUUUUUUUAAUUUAUAAAAUGUUUUUUUUAAGAAACCUUAGGUAGUUUUUAAGAAAAAUUCCAAGUCAAUUGCAUAUGAAUAUUCAGGAAGAUUUGAGGCCGUGGUUAAUCUCCUGAAUGAAUGUUUCUAGCUAUCUCUGGAAUGGAUAUUAUAUACCUUAAUUGUACUGUGGAGUUAUUCAGUAUGAAUGAUAAUCUGAUCACACUAAGAUUGGGAAAAUCUUAUGGAGCACUUCAUCACUGUAUGGAAAGGAGCAUUAUAUGGUUACUUGUACUUUUCAUCUACUUUAUUUUAAAGCAAGCAGUUAAUGGUUGCACAUUUGGUUAUGCAUUUUACUUGAUUAAAAAAAUCA